AUGGCUUCUUCAAAGCUCCGAGAACCCACGGAUGAGGUUUUUGACCUGGACUUGGCUGUGCCAGAGACCGCCAGACUGGACAGCAGUUUACACAAGGCCCGGGCCCAGCUGCUGGCCAAGGGCCGGAGACACCGGCCGUCCCGCUCGAGGCUUCGGGACAGUGCCAGCUCUGCUGAGGAUGGUGAAGGCUCCGAUGGGCCUGGAGGCAAGGUGACCGACGGCUGCGGGAGCCCCCUGCAUCGGCUGCGCUCGCCUUUGCACUCGGGCCCCGGGUCCCCGGCCGGGGGCUCUUUCUGCCUGGAGCCUCCGGGGUUGCGGCGCAGCCAGGACGAGGACGAGCCACCGCCCUCGCCGCUCACACGCUACCGGCCCCUGCACAACGCCGCCUCGCACGAGGGCCUGGCCGCCGCCUCCUGCUCGCCGCCGCGCUCCGCGCCCUCCUCCGACAGCUCGCCCAGCUUCAGGCGCCGCCACCCGCGCGCGGAGCCGCACAGCGAGGAUGACAGCCGGGAUGCCAGCCCUCCCGAGCCUGCCAGCCCCACCAUCGGCCUGGAUAAGAAGACUCGCCGAAAGUUCCUGGACCUGGGGGUCACCCUGCGUCGAGCGUCCACUGGCAAGAGCCGGAAAGAGAAGGGCAGCAACCGCCUGUCCAUGGGCAGCAGGGAGUCGGUGGAGGGGUCUGGCAGGUCAGGGGGCUCCCCGUUCCUGCCCUUUUCCUGGUUCACAGACAGCGGCAAGGGCUCAGCGUCCUCUGGCAGCACCACCUCCCCUGCCUGCUCCCCUAAACACGAGGGCUUCAGCCCUAAGAAGUCAGCUUCCCAGGAAUCCACCCUGAGUGACGACUCCACGCCCCCCAGCAGCAGCCCCAAGAUCCCGAGUGGGCCCCGGCAGGAGGCCAAGUGUUCUUACCCCUACCACACACUGUCCCAGUCUUCGGAUGAGUUCCUGGAUGAACCCCUCCCCUCUGUCCACCAGUGGACCAGCCAGCAGGUGGGCCAGUGGCUGCACAGCCUCAGCCUGGAGCAGUAUGCUGCCGAGUUCGCCGCGCGGCAGGUGGACGGGCCGCAGCUGCUGCAGCUGGACGGAAGCAAACUGAAGAGCCUGGGGCUCAGCAACUCGCACGACCGCGCACUGGUGAAGCGGAAGCUGAAGGAGCUGGCAGCGGCUGCCGAGAAGGAGCGCAAGGCCCAGGAGAAGGCCGCGCGCCAGCGGGAGAAGCUCCGGCGCCGGGAGCAGGAGGCCCAGAAGAGCUAG